AUGGCCUUUCAUGGUGUCUUCUCCCGUCCAUGUCAGUAUGCCACGAGCGCUGCACGAAAGGAAGCCGUGUCUGUGACAGGUCAACUUCCCAUCCCUCCGCACACAUCUUCGACAUUGGUUGUACACAAUGAAUCACCAAUCCUCCACGCAACCGCGAACACCAAGCUGGUACCGACAGAUACUAGCGCUGUAACCCGUGUCAAACCUGGUAAGGCCUCGUACAAAUGGUCAGCCAGCAUCCAGCGCAAGAUCCUGCGAGUGCGCCGCUUCCUACCAAUUCCGCCUGGGCUAAUAGCUAAGGAUCUGGAGAAUGCUGGAGGCCCGUCGACGCAGACGACCAACAAAGCAAUUGUAGCCAUCACUGGCGUCGCGAAACCCUGCGACGAUCUGCUCAAGGAUGCCCAGUCUAGGGGUACCAAAGCAGAGUUGUUUCAAGAAGAUGACACCGACCCCAGCGUACAGUCGGCCUUUCAGCUCAGAGGCAAGCUCGAUGAUGACAAGAGUCAGGCAAGUACAUACACACCAAUGGGAGCGGUAGUAGGGUUUGACGACCACCCCUUAAGCGCCUUGUCAAGCGAAGACAUGCUCGACUCCGUUGGCAGUCGUCAAGUUCCGGACAAGGAGACGGACAUUAUUCAAAGCAGAAAGCAAUCGAAAUGA